CCAGAAAACAUCCGAACCGUUUCUAGAGUGAUUUUUAAACAAAUUUAGAUUGAGAACUGAAAAUAUUAACGAUGAGUACAGAACAAGUAUCUUCAAGUCAAGAAGGCAAUUCAGGAUCACUAUAUUUAAAGGAAAUUGACAACACUGGCACUUCUGAUGAACUACUGAUUGGUGUCAUACAAAAUAAAGUGGAAAAGAAAAAAGAACUGCUGGAACAAUGUAACCUUCGUGCAUACCUUGAUGGCACAUACUUUGUUCCGGAUUUAGAGCAAUCAACAUUUGAUGGAACAAUAGUAGCUACAUGUCAAUUAUGCCAGUCUGAAUACCAAAAGGAUCAAACGAUUAGUGGCUUACUAAAAGUUUCAUCAAACUUCACUUCUCACGUAAAGAAAAUGCACAAAAGAAAGUUUAAUGAUUACCAAAGUUAUCUUGAGGCUCAUCGUAAAAAAAUCAAACUUGAUCAAACGACUGAUCAGCAUAAGAUAUACUGUAGUUUUUCUCAAGCAGUUUUUGAAGAAAAUGUGAUAAAUUUCGUACUCGAAAGUCUCUGUCCUCUUAACAUUGUCGAAACGAAAGCUUUUAGAAAAAUUUUUGAUGAUAUGAAUAUUAAGAAAGGUGGUCAAAAAUUACGUCACUUGUCAGCGAAAACUCUUACUCGUAAAAUUAAGGAUACAUUUACAGCAAAUAUGCGUGCAAUAAAAGAUAAGCUAAAGGCAGUUUCAUAUGUAUGCACUACAGCAGACGUUUGGUCAUCAAAAAGUCAGCGAUACAUGGGCAUGACCAUCCACUGGAUUGAUGAGGUUAACUUUGAACGAAAAUCAUUUGCCAUUGCUUGUCGCCGAUUUCCCGGUGACCAUACUUAUGACCGAAUUUCAGCUAUAAUUGAAGAUAUACAUUUGGACUUUGGAGUAAACGACACAGUUAUUGCGACAGUAACUGACAAUGCCUCCAACUUUGGGAAAGCAUUUAAGGAAUCUGGGAUUGAUUGCAAAGCAUUUUUUGAUGGUGAAGAAAAUGUUGAAGAGUCUAAUGCAACAGACAUAAUCACAGACGAAAUGACAGAUGAUUCCGAUUCAGCAGAUGAAAUCACAAAUGACUUUGCUGAGAUUGAUGGAAGUGAAGAUUGUAAUAGUUUUAAGAAAACUCUUCCAAAACAUUUAUUGUGUGCCAGUCACACAUUAAGUCUUAUAGCAACUAAAGACCUUACUGAUGGGAUAAAAUCAUGUAGUGAAUUGAAUGUGGCUUAUUCUAAAAUGAUUGAAAGAUGCAAUAAUCUCUGGGCAAUAACAAAAUCACCCAAGAAAAAAGAGUAUUGGCAUUCAAUUAUUGGCAGUGCUCUAAAAAGACCUGUAAUUACCCGCUGGAAUUCAUUGUUCGAUUCGUUGCGUCAGCUAUUUGGUUUAAAAGAAAAAAUUUUGACCAAUACAGAAAAGUUAAACAAUUUUGGGCUUAACAAUAUAUUACGAAAUGCAGAUUUUAGGUUUAUUGAUGAAUAUCUUACUUGUAAUAAACCAAUAGCAGAUGCAAUAGACAAAUUACAAGGUGAAAAGUUAUGCUCUUACGGGUAUUUACUCCCGACACUUAUUACGGUACAGAAUCAACUUAAGAAUUGCCAACAAUUGAAUUUGAGAUAUUGUAAAAAAUUACCAGCUAUUCUUUUAAAUGGCUUGAUUAAACGUUUUAAAUGCUUUUUUGACGUCGAGCAUCAAGGUCGGAUUAGUGCUGUCGCUGCUGCGUCACAUCCGAAAUUCAAACUUAAGUGGUUGCAUUGCUUAGAAAAGACAGCUCAAAAAAAUGUUAUGGCAGCAAUAAAAGAUGCACUUGCUGUCUCAAAUACCGCUCGUCAGCCGUGUGUCAUUGAUGACUGUGACGAUGAUGAAUAUUUUGAUUUCAGUUCAUCAGCAGACAACCAAUGUAUCGUUUAUGAUACAUUUGGAACUAAUGACCUAGAAAUGAUCUUUCAGAAAUUCAAUUCAGAAUCGCGAACAGAUUUACAACUAUUAAACUUAUACCCUAUUAUAAAGACAAUCUAUAUCAAAUUUAAUACUCCAAUUCCAUCUUCAGCGGCUGUUGAAAGAUUAUUUAGUUAUGCGACAAUGCUUUCGCUCCCUAAAUUCAAUCAACUAACUGAUACAAAUUUUGAAUUACGGGUACUCAUGAAGUGCAAUUCUAGUGCGAAUAAAAAUACCUUGAAAUAAUAUAUUUAUUAGGGUGCGUCAUUUUAGGGCGACUUUUUUUUCAACGCAUGACCAACUUCUAUACUCGCAGGAAGGUAAAAUA